AUGAACUGUCUAUCCUACAUGCUAAAUCAGGCGGCGGCUCAAGAGAAAGUGAAAUAUCACACUAACUGUCGAGCCAUGAAGCUUACUCAUCUCUCAUUUGCCGACGACCUGCUUAUCUUCAUAGAUGGAUCGCUGGAAUCUGUGCAAAAUGUUCUUCAGGUGCUACACGAGUUCGAACAGAGAUCAGACUUGGCAGUGAGCUUUCAGAAAACAAGUUUCUUUGCCUCCGGCCUAGAUGACAGUGAAGUUGCAACUAUACAAGCAUCAACGGGUAUGGUUUGUGGAACGCUGCCGGUGCGGUAUCUUGGGGUCCCUCUCAGCUCGAAGAAGCUCAACCUCACAAAUUGCGAACCUCUGAUCCAUCAGAUAAAGGCUAGGCUCUCAAACUGGUCAGUCAAAUCCCUCUCUUUCUCUGGUAGACUGCUUCUCAUCAAAACAAGACUAGAGAAUGGACUUACGGCAAGAUUUUUGUUCGAUAAUUGGUCUCCCUUCGGGAACUUGGCAGCUCAUCUUAAUCUCUCAUCUUCACGACUGGGAAUCCCUCUCAGAGCAACUGUAGCUUCACUCCGCAGGAACGGCGUUUGGCGAAUCCCUCAGGCAAGAUCAGACGCACAGCUCGAGCUCCAUGCCUUCCUUACAACAGUUGAGUUCUCUGAAAAUGAGGAUUAUUAUGAGUGGGAAAUCGAUGGUAAGGUCUCAAAGAAGUUCAAUACAGCGGAGGCUUACACUUUCCUGCGAGGAAAUAUUGAUGAAGUUAACUGGUCCUCCAUAGUAUUGAUGCAAUACAGCAUACCUCGACAUAAUUUUCUUGUUUGGCUAGCAAUUCUAGACAGAUGUCCCACCAGAGAUCGACUUAUAAAAUGGGGAUUAAACGUGCCACCGACUUGUCUUCUUUGUAACUCAGCUGAAGAGGCUCGGAAUCACCUCUUUCAUGAAUGCAACUUCAGUUUUGAUCUGUGGUCAUUGAGCGCAAACAGGCUAGGGAUUCAGCCAAACCGACAAUGGGAUCAUACAGUCAGUCAUAUGAGGCAGUUACCUCGACAACGAGCUCACCGGUCAAAGCGACUUCUCAUCCUCCUUGCCUGGCAAUCGACGAUCUACUGGACUUGGUCUGAGAGAAACACCAGGCUUCAUCAGAAUACUUUCAAAACGGUUGACGCUAUCUUCACUGUGGUUGAUUGA